AUGGACCUCUCCAACCUGAGCACCUCACUUCGCGAAUCCGAAUCGUCGACCUGCAAUCGUCGUCAGCAACAUCUUCGUUCUGCAGAAGAUGACUUGAAUGCUUUCUUCCGUUCCUCCGCGCUCGGCUUGACUACCUUGUAUCGACACGGGGUUGCAGGGGCAAAAGCGAGUUAUGAUAAAGGGUAUGCACAUGCACUAGCGCAUGUCUUGGAGUUGUGGCACAAAGAUAAAGCCUGGUUGAAGGGGUAUUUGCAGCGUAGGAUUGAGGCUUUAGAGGCCGAUAGGGAGGAUGAUGAGCUAGACGAACAGACUCGGCCCCAAAAGCAGCAGAAGGCAGCUACAGCUACGCCUGCUGGGCAAGUGAGAGCUGGGGAAAGCAGCACUAGCUCCGGUGCGGCACGCGGGAGCAAUAAGCGUUCUCGUUCAAACUUUUCUUCCGAGAGGAAUGCAGAGGUGCAAAACAUUCCCGUCGGUGGUGAGAGGAGGACGAACAGGAUGCCUGCAACAUCAGCCGCCGCCUUUUCGUCAGGCUUCAACUUUUCAACUCCCCUAAGCAUGCCCGCUCUCGCCCAUGCUGCUGGAACAAAGUCGCAUACCCGCAACACCUUGCUCGCCAACAACAACACUCGUGCAGACGCAACUCCCAGCUCGGGAGGAGUGAUCAAAACCAGCACCCCCACCGCACAACGUCGUCGUUUGCAGAAACUCAAAGGCUUACGUUCCGGCAACACUCGUGAUCGAAUCAUGGAGAUCAAACCGCAACCCCAGGAGGAUGAUAUGGUUGACGACCAAGUUCUAGAUCAAGAUCCAGAUAGUGAUGCUUGGACUGAUGAUGAUCAAGACUCCGCCGCGGGUGUAGGGGAGAGAGAAGCCAAGGGAACGAGGUUUGUUUGGACCGAUCAUGCCCGCAAGGCAGAGCAAGGUCUACUGGAGAGGAAAGAUAGAAGGAAGAGGAGAAGGACCAAAGCAAAUGCGAAGGAUGCAAUCACAAUUCAAAAUCUUCCUGAGCAAGACGAGUUAGGAGAUAGUAGUAGAGAGAGGCAGAGCGAGGCGUUUGCCUAUCACUCUUGA